AUGUCAACACACUCAAAUCACCCCUUUCAUUUAGUAGAUUAUAGUCCGUGGCCUUUAACAGGAGCAAUCGGAGCUAUAACUUCUGUAUCAGGACUAGUAAAAUGAUUCCAUCAAUAUGAUAUUUCAUUAUUUGCCUUAGGAAAUAUUAUUACUAUUUUAACCGUUUAUCAAUGAUGACGAGAUGUUUCUCGAGAAGGAACUUUUCAAGGAUUACACACUCUACCUGUAACACUAGGACUACGGUGAGGAAUAAUUCUAUUUAUUUUAUCAGAAGUUUUAUUUUUUGUAUCUUUCUUCUGAGCUUUUUUCCAUAGUAGAUUAUCCCCAGCUAUUGAAUUAGGAGCUAUAUGGCCCCCUGCAGGGAUUCAACCCUUUAACCCAUUCCAAAUCCCACUAUUAAAUACAGCUAUUCUAUUGUCCUCAGGAGUAACUGUAACAUGAGCUCAUCACAGUUUAAUAGAAGGUAAUCACUCUCAAGCAACACAGGGACUAUUUUUUACAGUUCUUCUAGGGGUUUACUUCACUAUUCUGCAAGCAUAUGAAUACAUCGAAGCACCAUUUACUAUCGCAGAUUCAGUUUAUGGAUCUACCUUUUUCAUGGCAACAGGAUUCCACGGAAUUCAUGUAUUAAUUGGGACAACCUUUCUUCUAGUAUGCUUAAUUCGCCAUUUAAACAAUCACUUUUCUAAAACUCACCACUUUGGAUUUGAAGCAGCUGCAUGAUACUGACAUUUCGUCGAUAUCGUCUGAUUAUUCCUUUAUAUUUCAAUUUAUUGAUGAGGAGGAUAA